GUGUCCGAAAGAGGAAGAAGUCAAAGAGAAGAGGCGCUUUUGAGAGAGCACCAGAUUUUACAAUAUCUCCUGUCGCCCAGCCGGCCGCUUCUGUCCCUAGGCUGGUGUCUUCUGGGGCAGUAGCUCCGAGAUGAAGUCACCCUGGAAAAUCCUUAUGGCCACUCCUCUGUUCUUUCUCCUGACGUUUCACACCUUGGCCUCUCCAGCCUAUGACCACCAGCGCGGCACCAGACGCUCCAAUGGCCAAGUCUGUAUAGGGUGUGUGCUGGUGGUGUCUGUGAUUGAACAGCUUGCUCAAGUUCACAACUCAACGGUCCAGACCUCAAUGGAGAGACUGUGCAGCUACUUGCCUGAAAAACUGUUCUUGAAGACCACCUGCUAUUUAGUGGUAGGCAUAUUUGGACCAGACAUCAUAAAACUGCUCAGAGCGGAUGUGAAUGCUGAUGUGGUGUGUCACACCCUGGAGUUUUGUAAACAGGACCCUGGCCAACCCUUGUGUCACCUCUAUCCCCUUCCCAAGGAGACAUGGAAACUGACACUAGAGAAGGCAAGACAGAUUGUCAAGAAAUCCCCAACUCUGACAUAUUCCAGAAGUGGUUCUGAUAUUUGUUCACUCCCAUUUUUGGCCAAGAUCUGUCAGAGGAUUAAAUUGGCUAUACAAAAUUCUUUACCAUUCAAAGAUGUAGAUUCAGACAAAUACAGUGUUUUCCCAACACUGCGGGGCUCUCACUGGCGAGGGAGAGACUGUAACGACAGCAACAAGAUGGCAUACCCAGGCAGAAGGCCAGACAACUGGGAUACACAUCAGGAUUCAAACUGUAAUGGCAUUUGGGGUGUUGAUCCAAAAGAUGGAAUUCCAUAUGAGAAGAAAUUCUGUGAAGGUUCACAGCCCAGGGGAAUCAUUUUGCUGGGAGACUCAGCUGGGGCUCAUUUUCACAUCCCUCCCGAUUGGAUCACAGCUUCACAGAUGUCUUUGAAAUCCUUCUUCAAUUUACCAACAGCUCUUACCAAUGAGCUCGACUGGCCCCAACUCUCUGGCGCUACUGGAUUUCUGGACUCCACUAGCGGAGUUAAAGAAAACUCCAUUUACCUUCGUUUACGGAAAAGAAACCACUGCAAUCACAGGGACUACCAGAACAUUUCAAGAAAUGGUGCAUCUUCCCAAAGCCUGGAGAGAUUUAUAGAAAGUUUGUCUAGGAACCAGCUGUUGGACCAACCAGCCAUUGUCAUAUACGCCAUGAUUGGAAAUGAUGUCUGCAAGAGGAAGAUUGAUCCCGUCCCAGAAAUGACCACUCCUGAAAAAUUGUACUCAAAGGUCAUGCAGACUCUGCAGUAUCUAGAUUCCCACCUGCCAAAUGGCAGCCAUGUUGUUUUAUACGGCUUACCAGAUGGAACCUUUCUCUGGGAUAAUUUGCACAGCAGAUAUCAUCCUCUCGGCCAGCUGAACAAGGACGUGACCUACGCGCAUUUCUACUCCUUCCUGAACUGUCUCCAGGUCAGCCCCUGCCACGGCUGGAUGUCUUCCAAUAAGACGCUCCGGACUCUCACUUCAGAGAGAGCAGAACAACUCUCCAAUACGCUGAAAAAAAUUGCAACCAGCCAGAAAUUUACGAACUUCAAUCUUUUCUACAUGCAUUUUGACUUCCAAGAAAUCAUGGAGGAGUGGCAGAGGAGCGGAGGGCAGCCCUGGCAGCUCAUUGAACCUGUGGAUGGAUUCCACCCUAGUGAGGUGGCUUUACAGCUGUUGGCAGAUCGCUUCUGGAAGAAGGUGCAGCUCCAGUGGCCCCAGAUCCUGGGAAAGGAGAAUCCAUUCAACCCCCAGAUUGAGCAGGUGUUUGGAGACCAAGGGGGGCACUAAGUCCUCAGGGACCUGCUCCUGGGGAGCUCAGGAAGGCAGAAACUUGGGUAAACUCAUUCAAGAAACGGUUAUGGGGGCGGCUGUGUCACAAACUCACAGGCCCCUCUUCAGCAGCAUCUUUGCAAAGUGCUUUUCUCCCAUUUAAGAGCCUAGUGUCACUCUCUUCACUUCCCCUUUCCCACUUUUGGGGAUGGCUUCCCAAAUAAACCACCGGCACCCAAAUCUUUGUCUCAAUAAAGACAAAAUUA